GACUUCUAGAUGUGUGGACUUCUAAACAUUAAACUUUUUAAGUAUUUUGAUAUGGCAUUUUGUAUAUAGUUUUUGCAGGGUAACAGUUGCAAUAACUCAAUCAAGGACAAGGUAUCUACAGCAAUAUUUUCAAUGUACUCAGUCAGCAAAUUUUGUGCCUUAUUAUUUUUCAAUCUGGCAGUGUUUGGGCCUUCUAAAGGAGAUGUUUUUCAAUAUUGCGAUGGUGCUUUGGUCCAAUCAGUGGAGGGACAUGAUUUCACCAAUCAAUGCAAGGAUGGUAGUGAUGCAGAACAAUGUUCCUAUUAUGAAAAAUGUGAUUUUGAAAGUGAUCUGUACAAUAUGAUCAAUAAUGGGAAAUCACCUACGGACUGGAUAAGGAGAAAUGGAAUGAACAUCAUAGGAUCUCCUCACUCUGACCACAGUGGGAACAACACAGCCCAUUUCCUUACAUUGUCCUCUGAACAUGUCCUAUUUCCUGCAAUUUUAAGGAGUAGAGUGGUUUUUGUGGCUAGCAACCAGCUCACCUGCCAGAUUUCAUUUUAUUAUUGGAUUGGUCAAAUAAAUGGAACCCUCACAGUGGGACUCCAAACCCACUCUGAUAGAACUUUAAGGACCAUUUGGCAACAACAAGAAGGAAUUAAAAAACAUUGGCAAAGAGCUGUGAUCACAAUCAACAAUACUCCGAACACUGAGGUUUCCAUCGAAGGACAAAUAUUUGAACCUUGGAUACCAGGAGAAACCAUUGCUAUUGAUGAUAUCUCAGUCACUGAAGGAUGCUUGCUAGCUUUCAAUAAUACUUCUUUGUGUAAGGAGAGAUGCCAUACUUGUAAUGAAAGCCAUGUUCCAGAUAAAGAGCACUUCAGUAAUGCAUCCAGUAUCCCUUUCAAUGCUACACAUAGAGGAUUCUGUUUUCAGCAGAUCUGCAAUUUUAAGAUUCACAUGUGUGACUGGAAUUCUGAUGAAUCUGCAGAACAAGUUUCCUGGGUCCCUGUGAAAGAAUUACAUGAUUGUGGCUUAAAAUCCAUUCUUCUGAAAGAUAGAGACAAUGACACUAACGGUAAUAAAACUGAAUUAAAUAUUCAUUUGUCAGCUGAUGUGAAAUUUGUGGCAGUUACUUUGCAAAUAUAAAGAAGAACCUGCAUGAAUUUAGAAUGAAAAACUGCAUAGUCACAUCCAUACCAUACUUUUAAAGCAUGUGGCUUCCCCCAAAUAAUUCUGGAAACUGUAGUUUACUCUUCACAGAGCUAUAAUUCCUAGCACCCUUAAGAAACUACAGUUCACAGGAUACUUUGAGGGAAGCCAUGUGCUCUAAAUAUUUUUUAAAGGUAUGGUGUGGAUGUGACCGUAAUUUCUAGAGCCAGAUGCACGGAAUAGAACCUAGAGAGACCUUCUGCAACUUGGGACUCCUGAGAAGAGCUGCAGCAGUGGCUGAACAGCCUUGGGUUAGCUUUGAAAAGGAUAUGUGAGUAAGUUUGUUUCCCCCCCCCGUCUGAAAAUCCAUUGUAGGGGCUUGUCUUGUCCAAACUCCUUGAGUGGAAUUCUUGCUCCCUUACUCCUUAUUAUGCCAUAGAGUAAUAGCAGCGGGUUGUGGUAGUGUGAAAGGUGGAGGGCUCAAAGUGGAGAGAGGAAUUAGCCUCGUAGAAUUUGUUUCCCUGACUGAUAUCCAUAAUCUUUAUAUAUUUAGGAGCUACUAUGAUUGGAUAUGUUUAUCAUGAAAGAACUUGUGUACCAUUAUUAAAGUAAAUAGCACAGUAACAAACUUUGAACAGAUAUAGCAGAUUAGUAGAGCACAUUCUUUACAUAGAGACUUUCCUUGGGAAAGUCCUUGGAAAGUCACUGUCAGUCAGAGUAGACAAUACCCAGCUAUUCAGGUUCAGUGGUCACAUUCAGUAUAGGAGAGCUUUUAUACGUUCAUAUAAAGUUCAAUGUAUGACCUUAAAGCAACUGUUUAAGCACUUUAAGGUCCGAGAAGUAUAAGAUGCAUAGAAAUGAGAUCUUAAUAAUUUCUGGAAGGUACCCCAUAGUAUUGAAUUAGUUUAGUCUCCCUCUUAUAGUUCAUACCCAAAGCAUUACUUUUCCUUUUGUUUAUUCCAAGAAUAAAUGGAUAGCAGAGAUCACUUUUAUGGCUCAACUGCAAAAAACCUGUCAAUGUCACAUGCCAAUCUCAAAAAAGCCUUGUGCUAAGAUUCAAAUUGGCAAAGAAAAUGGUUGUUUUCCUAAUUCUGUUCGAGUCCCCUCCCCCAUAAAUAGGAAGUACAUCAUUAAAUCACGAUGCUAUGUCUAGACAACUGUAUUCAUGAAGCAAAUUUUAUUCUAGAAUAUUUGUGAGUCUUUUUUUAAUGUACUCAUAGAUGUAAUAAACUUCU